AUGACGCAUGCGAAGCCCCUUAACAAUGCUCCAAAGCGAUCUCAAGAGUUCGCUGACAAAAGCAAGCCUCAGGCUAUCAGAGACAGUAACAUAGUGGCUGCGAAAGGUUUUUUAGCUUCCGGUUCCGUCAGUAAUUACGUUUUUAGCUGUCGCAGAUGCCAUCCGCACUAGCCUUGGCCCUAGGGGCAUGGAUAAAAUGGUUAGCUACCUGUCAUAUGUUCUCGUUCUCAGAUAUCCGUUUCUGUUUUGUGAUUUCUCCCUUUAAAAUUCUGUUUUGUUCUGGACUGCACUCUACUAGCUGACACAACAAGGAGCCUAGAACAUAAUCCGAAUUCUUGAGGGAUUAUGGGGUGGUAAUUCGAACAAGAUAUCUCCAAGUAAGCAGGAGGUGGUGUUUAAAAGGCCGUUUGCUCAGCGGUGAAGUACGAGAGUUACGGACCCGCUGACAAGAGAAAAGGAUCGAACUAAGCCUCCCCGAAGAAACACUUUCAAAAGACCACAAAACGAAGCCCACCUAGCGCCGCAUUACUGUUUUGCGAGGGCAGGCGGCCCAGUUAUGUGAAACUGGUCUCGUGAUCAUGAAAUUGACAUACGUGCAUAAGACUCGAUGUUUACUCCAGUUCGGCCGAUAGUUCCGUUGGCCUCUGCGUCUGUCUUCAUUUCAAGACACCUGCACGACAUUUCUACGAAACUCGAGUGGUUUGCGAGAGCCACGAACAACGGGGCACUGCCAAUUUGUAAUGAUCUAAAGGCGGAGCUCAACUUCAAAGCUACCCCGUUAGGGUUACGCGCGGAUACGCUUUAUGGUCUCCAAGAAACACUUGUUGGUCGUAGGUCGAUAUUUUGCGUCCGUUUGUGCGGUACACCCCUACAAGUCUACGUUAGUGUAUGUCCGACCAACAUAGACAUGGGCGCCGACGCGUUGUGGAAAACAGCACUUCUUCCCUGUUCCAUCGCGCCGUAGUUCUCGGAAAGUUGCCGCAGAGCAGAUCUUUGAGCAUGGGAUCUUUGCUCAUCUCCUCACAUAGAGUAGCAAUCUGAUCGACACAAACUUCAUCUUACCAGUCUGCCCCAGGCGUGCGGUUUUCCCCGAGUUCGUUGGUGAUCCAGCAAUGAAUAACGGUCGAUUUGACAUGUCCGAUACAGUCCGUGCCGCCAAAGGCGUAUUUUUAACGAGAUUAUCCUGCGGCAUAAUCGGCUAUAAAGUGGGCGAUAUUUAUUUGAUGAACAAAAAAUCUCACCCUCAAAGCGAGAACUUGCGUAUAGAUUUCUAUCCCGUUUUCUGGGUUCUUCACCGGGCAGCUUCGAUGAAGUUAAAAUCCAUCCAAAGCCCAAAAAUCUAGACCAUGCGAGGAUUAUUGUGAACCCUCGCCCUGCCGAAUGCGGGCCUCGCGCACGUCUGAACACAUAGUCAAUGCAUAUUUUGAAACUAAACAAGUUUUCACCAUAGUUAUGGGCGUGUGACGACCGGAAACCUAAGGAAAGGGCAGCCACGCUUUCCGGAACCUACAUAUAAUAGUUGCUUAGAUACCAAAGCUACCCCUUAUUUGUCUUCUUGUUCUACAUCUUUAGAUCGUGGAAGCGAAAGGCGAUGUAACUAUCACGAACGAUGGGGCUACGAUUCUCAAGCAAAUGAAACUCCUGCACCCCGCCGCAAAAAUGGUACAUUGCUCGAUAUGCCCUAAUUGUCUUCUAGCUCGUAGAGUUGUCUAAGGCCCAAGACAUAGAAGCUGGAGACGGCACCACCACUGUAGUUGUUUUGGCUGGAAGCCUACUAGAUGUCAGCGCAAAACUCCUGAACAGGGGCCUUCACCCCACUGUUAUUUCCGAAGCCUUCCAAGUUGCAGCUGCUAAAGCCUGUGAAGUUCUGACCUCCAUGUCUCACCCAAUCGACUUGGCCGACAAGGAAGUGCUUUUGAAGAUCGCUGCAACCUCACUAAACUCUAAGGUGGUGUCACAGUAUUCAAGCAUUCUUUCCCCCAUUGCUGUCGACUCGGUCUUGGCUGCUGUGGAUCCUGCAUCGCCGGAAACCGUUAGUCUUAAGGAUAUCCGAAUCGUGAAGAAACUUGGGUAUGCAUAUUGUGAUAUUUUGCACCUACGUCCCUGAAGUUAGGUUGUCAAUUCUUAGGUAUUAAAGACAUAAUCUGUAAUACUACCUCCAUGUAUUUGUCUCCUUUAUAUUAAGUCACCUCGGGAUCUACCUUUUCGGAAUGUAUUCCUUCAGACAGAAUGCAGUCUUCCUUAACUCUGCGACCUCUGAAUACUCAAAACACCUACAUGCCCGUAGACUCGUAACUCGCACAUCCCCGCGUACAAGUAAAAACUGGUUGAGAAACAGAAUACUUGACUGUGCCCAUUCCAUUUACGCUGUGCAAGAGAUCAAAGGGAGAAGGAAGUUUUCGAGGGUUUGCGGUUGAUGUACACCAAGUUUAGAGCAACACAUGUCGCUUACUGAGCUCCCUCCCGCGCUCCGAGAAUUUCUAUGCCUAAAUAGUCUCAUGCUCUUAUAGGCGAUGAACUAACUGUCCGAAGUGUUAUUUUACUUUAUUUUUUUCUCUUACACUCCCCUGCUUAGUCCUUCAUACUUUGCAGAAAGUUUGGUUAUGAACAGAAAAACUAAUAUGCCUGCGUUUUACGUCAUCGGUUAUUACCUAUUUAUGAGCUUUCCAGAACCCAUGCGAAGACAUAUUUUGGCGGGAUGCCAGUCUGCUGAGAAACCCAAUGUGGCUUCUUGUUCGCCCAGGAAUGUCCACCGUUAUGUUUGUCCGUCAUGCCUUCGUAUUAUUCUUAUCUUCCCUAGUGUUCAUAAACUCGAAACAAGCAGUUUUAGCUUGGCAUUGACUUGAAGUACUUGUGGUUAGUAAACUUAGUCCCGACGAUGUGAAAAGUUCGUUUAGUCUAACGAAAAUUCUAUUUCAGGAACGACCCCUGCCACUUUUUAUGCAUUCUCACACCGUCUGUUAUUUUUGUUGCACCCUUCCAGAGGAACUGUUGAAGAUGCUCAACUCAUUUCCGGAUUGCUUCUAAAUCAAAAAGUCGAAUCGGGAUGUGGCGUGCGGCGAGUUGAAAAAGCAAAGAUAGCCCUCGUUCAGUUUUGCAUUUCACCACCGAAGACCGAUGUAUGCCUCCAAUUCUAAUUUGGUAUCCGGAUUUAGAUGGAGAAUAACGUCGUAGUUACUGACUACAGCCAAAUGGAUCGCAUAAUGAAGGAAGAGCGUCAGUACAUUUUGAACAUUGUCAAGGCCGUCAAAAAAUCCGGAUGUAACGUGCUCCUGAUUCAAAAAAGUAUUCUCCGUGAUGCUGUAAACGACCUCGCUCUGCAUUAUUUUGGUAAAAUGAAAGUUAUGGUUAUCAAGGACAUUGAACGGGAAGAAGUCGAGUUUAUUUGCAAGGUACAUAUUGUUAACUGCUUGCGACACCCUUGUAGACACUAAACUGUGUUCCCGCUGCUAGUGUCGACCACCUCACCCCCGAAGUUCUGGGAUCUGCUGACCUCGUAGAGGAAAUCGAGAGCGGCGGUUCUAAGAUCGUAAAAGUAUCCGGCAUUCAUAACCAGGGUCGGACUGUGUCUGUUCUCCUACGUGGUUCCAACAAACUCGUUUUGGAUGAAGCUGACCGCUCACUUCAUGAUGCUUUGUGUGUCAUCCGCUGCUUGGUUAAGCGCCGGUGA